AAAAAAAAGAGAUGCUAAAAACUGUGUUACACGUAUCAGAGAUGUUUAUGAUUAAACGAUUGGUGUGACUUGUUUGUAUUUUGUGCCGCCAGUUUCGAGUCGAGGUAUACAAAUAUUAUGAGGUGAUGUUUGUUAUGGUUAGUGGAUGUGGCUGGUUAAACGGACUUGUUACUGCCUGUCACCUGUAGUAUUUUAUUUGUUUUAAAAGAACCAGGUUACGCUGAGAAUGUGAUUGCUGACAGUAGGGGUAUACUUCGUAGCCCUGCUUUCUGAUUUGCAGAGUAGGCUAAAGUCAUGAAUCUUGAUCUGAAGGCUGCUCCUCGUUCGAAUGGUGUAUUGAAACAAGUAUUCCAGCUGAAGACAGCUCAGAAAGAUGGACUUAUACUGCAGAUACAUCACACAAUUCCUGGAUCUCAUGGAGAAAGUCAGCAGAUUCGUUUUGUACAUAUUGCAUUUGAAGAUGCUGGAGAAAAGUUGGCUGCAUCAGAUCACAGGGCAAAUAUCUUCAUUGUUGAUUUCGCAAGUAACAAAUUUUGGCUGUUAAUCAAGCUGGAUUCAUGCACAUGCCUUACGUUCUCAACAAGGAAGAAAAAUGAACUGCUUGUUGGAAUACAAAAUGGCAGUUUACUUUUUGUGAAUACAGAGACAGGCAACAUAGAAAACCGUCUGGAUGGUCAUACUGUUCCCGUUACGCAAAUUUCAUUUUCUCAGUCAAGUUACUGUUUGUCUGCAUCAUCUCAAGAAGCUUUUAUUUGGGAUUUAAAGUCAAAUAUGCAGAUACAUAAAUUGUCUAUGCGGGAAGGAGUUGCUUUGAAGCAAAUAUUUUUCAUGCCGGUGCUAAAUCAUAUUCUUGCCUGUUUCCAAGAUGAUACAAUCCAUAUCUGGAAACUUGACUGUUAUGGAAAUUUUGAAUGUUUUAAACAAAUUGUUCCUGAAAUGUGGAAGAGUCAUCACAUACGUUGUAUUGCUUUCACAAGGAAUGGGCGGGCUAUGGUAAUUGGUUGCCAGUCACAAACAAUGACAGUUAUUUCCUUGGACAGCUGGGCUAUAACAAAGGUCAUUCAACUUCCAAAGACUAUACCAGGUGUGAGACACAUUGAAUUUUUGCCACAACAAUUUGAUGGAGGCUGCAAUAAGAUAUUGUGCUUACUUUCCAGUCGAUGCACAAUUCACUUCUUUAACAUUGACUCAACAAUGUUUCUGCAGAGUGCUUUUAGCCCAGAGGAUGGUAUACGGCACUUUACAUGCAGUCAAGAUGGAAAAUAUUUAGUGACAGUCCUUAAUAUGGGGGAGAUUAAUGUCUACAAAAGUUCAUCUGUUCUUGACAAUGUGGAGCAACUGAGCCCAGCUGCAGCAGUGGAGAAAACAGUGUCCCAAGAAGAAAAUGUUAGACAUGAAGGAGCUUCAAGGAAAAUGAGGUCUUCCACAAGUAAUGUAACAAAACCAUUAAAAGAUAAACUUAGGCAUCUACAGAAACAGAUGCAGAUGAAGCUAGACUUGCAACAGUUAAAGCCAAUACUGAGAGAAUUUGGGGAAUAUCCUGAAGCUUAUAGGAGAUUGAUUUGGAAGACAAUAUUGCAGUUGCCUCAUAAUGAAUCAGCAUAUGUUUCUCUUGUAAAUAGAGACUGUCAUCCAGCAUACACUGAUAUUGAAAACCAAUACCCUUUGGAAAACAAAUCACUUCUGAAACACCUAAAAAGAUUGUUAUCCUGCUUGGCACACUGGUGUCCAUUAUUCGGAGAAACGAAGUUUUUACCACUUUUUGUUUUUCCUUUCAUCAAAGUGUUUCAGAGUGACCCAGUUGUUUGUUUCGAAUCUGUGGUGACAAUAAUAAUUAAUUGGUGCCAGCGCUGGUUUGAAUAUUUUCCUUUUCCGCCUGUUAAUGUUCUAACUAUGAUCGAAAAUGUACUGAGUCAACAGGACAAUGAAUUGAUGUCUUGGUUUUACAAACAUAACAUUACGUCACAGACUUAUGCAUGGCCUCUGUUAGAGGUAGCAUUUUCUGAGGUCCUUUCAACUUCAGAAUGGCUACAGUUAUGGGACCACAUUUUAUCUAAUGAGCCAUCCUUUCUGUUGAUAGCAGUUGUAGCGUACAAUAUAGUUUUCAGGACUGCUAUUAAAAGUUGCAAAACACAGGAUGAUUUUGAGUUUUUCUAUCGCAACCAGAAUCCAAUUGAUAUGAAACGCUUCAUAUCUAAAGUAUACUACUUAUUGGAAACUACAAGCAGUGAUGUACAUCCAAGAAAGUACCUAGCUGCAUUUUCUCCGGUUACAAAAGAUGUGUAUCCUGUAUAUCAACAAUACCCUACAUUGAUUGUUGACUACAAGGCUCAGCAAAUGGAUCAGAUAAGAAAAGAAAAAGAAGAACUGAAACAAAAAGAAGAGGCAUUACUGAAAUCAAUAUCUGCUCAGGAAAAGAAGAGAAAUGAAGAAAAGCGCACAGAGGCCGAGAAGGCUCGCUUGCAAAGCCUAGAAGAGGUUUAUCAUGAUAUACUACAAGAGGAAGAAGACAGAGUUUCAGAAAAACGUCAGAAAUUAGCUGCACUUCGUCAUGAGCUACGAAUGCAGAAACUAGAACACUUGGAAGCUGCUAGAGAGAAACUACUUCAUCAUCAAACUCAGCAACGUCAAGCUGCAUUGGAUCGUCUUGUUAAGGAUAUAGCCCGAAAAAGGCAGAGAGAGGAAGAGGAACUGAAAGAAACUGAAGAGGAAAUCCAAUGGCAUUACAUUAAUUUGCUUGCCCGAAAACAAGAAUUGGAAGCUGAGCUAGCUUCACAGUCUCUUGUGGAUGACACAAGUGGUGCAGAGGUCCUGCAAAAGCAACAGCGACAAUUGGUUGCAGAGCUUUCUAAGCUUCGUGAGGCAGCAUCCGAUGGUCAUCUUUCAAAACAGAUGGAUAUGGCAAACCGUAUAGCUCUAACUGAAGACUUGUUGCAGAAUGUGGAAACAAAAAUAGCAAAAGAAGUAGCCCAAAGUCAUUUGAACCUCACAUCAGUUCACAAUACUGUAAAGGCAGUCCAGUUGGAAGCCCAAGCAAAAGCUCUGGAAGAAGAAGUGGAACACCUAGUCAGCAAGUUGGUGGAUAUGAGAAUGAAAAAGGGACACUCCAAAUUAGUGGAUCUAACUACAAGGCAAAAAGAACAAAACAGAUCCUAUGAAGAAUACAAGAAUCUGACUGACUCCCUGCUUCAUCAGCUGCAGUGUUCUAGUUCUCCUCAUUGCCAUAAUAUAUGGAGCAAUGUCAGCAUCAACAAGCAACGUGCAGAAAAUAAUGAGAACAUAGGUAGGACUGAUUCCAGAGAUAGCUGAUAUUGUGCCAGAUGAACCAGAUUUGUUCAUGAGGAAGAAGAUAAACAUUUCCUGAAGAAACCACCUGUAAAACAAGUGAAGUAACAAAUUUUUAAUAGAAUGGUUUCACUAGUGAUACAACCAGUAGCCACAUAGUGAAGUGCAGAGCAGUUGUUUCAUCUUUUUUUAGUAAGUUGCAAAAUGUGUGUGUGUGUGUGUGUGUGUGUGUGUGUGUGUGUGUGUGUGAGGGAGGAGAGAGAGAGAGAUAUGGUAAUUUCUUCAUUGUACUGUAUAAUUACAGGCAUUUUUGUUGAGCAUAAAUUAAUGAAAAGCCCACGCUUGACAAACACAAAAUGGAAAGAACUGUGUAAGUGCAAUACAUAAUUUUUAAA